GAUUGCAGGAGUUCGGUGAACAGGAAACACUUUUAUUGAACAUCACCUAUAAUUAUUCAGAUUUCGACAUCCACAAACCUCAUAUACCAGCCAAUAACAGCGAGGGGAGUAAGAGGCCAAAGAUCCGGUUCAAAAUCGAUUAUCUUACCCUUGCACCACCCACACCCACCACCACCUCUUGGUUUUAAUUUUGUAAACUGAUAGAUAAGUGAUGAUGGUGGAGCAGGCACCAUCGUUUUGAACAUGGUCACAAUCAUUAUUUCAGUCAAAGAAAAUGUUUUCGAUUUUUCAUUACGUACCUGAAAAUGCCGAUUCAGCAAACUCUCUUAGAUGUUUCCCUCAGACUUGCAGUCAACAUCAUGUCCAGCAUCCUUUACUCAUUCAUCCGAGAAUCGUCAAACACGGACCCUGUAUUUUCCGCAAAGAGAACCUCCGCCCCAACCCCAAGUCUCCUUCCCUCUCCACAAAAAAAAAAAAGAAGAAAAAUAAAACCCCAUUACGGUUAAAAGCCGAUAUGCAGUUAGUUUUCGCUGUCCAUCUAGAUUGUAACAACGUUCACAUCUUUUGAUGUUUUGCCGCCUGUCCUCAACGCUGAUGUAAUGCAAACUAAGAUGGUGUGUGUGUGAGAGAGAGAGAGAGGAACAUGAGUUAAAGACCAACAGGAACUUUGCACCCAAAAGACGUUUUUAACGGAGAAGAAACACUGAACUAGGAUUGGUUGAUUUUUUUUCCUCCCUCCUCCCCAAAACCACUUUUCCCUCGCCCCACGCUCCAUCUUCCUGCCUCACCUUCUCGUUAAACCCUUUCUCUGUUAUCACCUUCGAUCGUAAAAUAGUUCGUUGAUUAUUUAUAGUCUCACACGAAAUGUGUGAUGCCUUUUCCUGUUUGAUAUUUUUACCUCGGUGUACAGGUGUGCACUGGCCUAUGUCGCCGCACGUGAGAUGUCUUCUGCGAUUAAAUGAUGCGGACACAGGACUGUAGUCCGUACUGACCAGGAAACGAAUCCAGUGCUUGGAGAGUUUUUUCAUGCUCUUCAUCUUGGUACAGCAGCACUCUGUCAUUUUUAACUCAUUCUGGACAAAUUGAUGAAAUUGGGUUGUACAUAUGAAGACGUUGGCAUCUGAGGUUGCAAGCUGUACAGGAAGAGCUAAAGUGUUGAAAGCUAUGACUCGGCAUUAAAAAAAAAAAAGAACAAAAAAACAGUCAGGGCGUGUAAUAAGGUUUUAAUGUUUCCAGCAUGAUGAAUUAGCCUGGAUACCGCCAACUCCUCCAACUUUGAUUUUUAAUGUCAACUAUCAAUCCCCAACUUCAUUUUGAGUUGAGCUUAAUAAGUGACACGUGCUUAGUGACUGACAUCAGACGGUAGAAUUUGCCACUCCACGUUCUUCUUUCAAAAAAAAAAAAAAAAAAAAAAUAACAAAUAAAAUAAUUACAGCACAUUUUCGUGACAAAUGAGAGUCUAGUUGCUAACCUGCCGACAACUUUGACCUUAAUUUCAUGCUUGACGGGGGGCCAGCCAAUGACCACCCGCUUUGGACAUAAUUGUAUGGACUGAGGUUUGUCGAUCUCAGUAAAAUUGUGCAAGCAACACGCAUUUGCUUGAUCAAACUUACUCUAAUGAGGAUAAUUAAAAGGCCCUCAAGUUGCAGGCAUGAUCUCACCCACACAUACAGGAUCUUACAUCAGCUGACAGCAAACUUUGCGCGAUUCCCCAGGUGAGAAGAGGCCUGUAGCCGCAGGUGACCAGCGAAGCCAGGGCACAAAAUGUCGCUCAGAGAGUGCCCUGUUCAGGGGGCAAAACAUUUCGGCACCCCCUCUUCCUCCCAACCCAUCCCCCGAGAGUUGGAGUUGUGGCUUUGCGACCCUCCCCCAACCCCUCCCCGCCUUCAUCAGCUCUUUCCAUCGGUGAUGAUGUGGCAGUCGUUCUCUCCUCGGGAAGACGUGUCGCCAUAGGAGGGGCUGAGCGUCUGUCCAAUGAUUUCUUCAGUUUUCGGGAGGCCCCAAGGGACGGAUGUCCUCGUAGCAGCAAUAUCUUCACAGGCAUCAUACUCAGGGCGUCAGACGGUUGGCCAAGGGAGGAUUGGACGGUUCCAGGAGACUGCAUAGAAGAGAGGAUGUGAACAUUUGUUUGCCGUGCUUGUCCAAUACAAUACAACUGCAGUCCAUCCUAUACAGUGACAGACAAGAAUUCAGGAGGAAUCCAGCGAGCACAAGAUCAUGACAAUGGAGACCCCCAAACCGGUGAAGGAGCUUGUCCUCCGCAGGCAGGUGUACACCCAGAUUGACUUUGACCAAACCUAUCUCGACCAAGCCGAGCCAAGCUCUGCCUGCCAGAAGAUGAAGAAACUGUGUCAAUGUUCCCCCAGACGCGUGGGCCGUACUCUUGUGGGCUAUGUGCCCUUGGUGAACUUCUUGCGCCGUUACAACUGGCGAGACUGGAUCAUCCCCGACCUCGUGUCCGGCCUAACCGUGGGCUUCAACCACUUCGCUCAAGGCCUGGGCUUCGGGAUCCUCGCCUCCCUGAAGCCCGUGAACGGGUUGUACUCUUCCUUCAUCCCCAUCGUCAUCUACAUGGUCUUCGGCACGUGUCCUCACGUCUCCAUGGGAACCAAUGCUAUCAUAGCCCUGCUGACGGCAACGGUCGUCAACCGAGAAGCUGACGCCUACGUACAGUCUCUGGACAUUAAAAUCAGCGAGGACGAUGUUAUGAACUAUAAGGUCAGCGUGUCCGCGGCCACCUGCUUCGUGGCCGGCAUCUUGCUGCUGGGGAUGGGUGUCUUCCGUCUGGGCUUCAUCACCAAUUAUUUCGCCAAAUCCUUCAUCGGCGGCUUCACCUUCGCCAGCGCCAUGCACAUCACGACGAGCCAGCUGGUCAAGAUGAUGCAUCUGACGUUUCGUCCGAGGUCUGGGCCAGGAAACCUGGUUUUGACGUACAUGGACAUUUGCAAGAACAUUACCGACAGCAACCUCGGCGACAUCCUCGUAGGGGUCGUCUGCAUGGUUGUCCUGUUGGCCGUCAAGAUCGGCAUCAACGAAAAAUUCAAGGACAAGAUGAGGUACCCUGUACCUAUCGAGCUCAUCGUCAUCGUCGUCUCCACCAUCAUCUCCCACUUUGCACAACUUCACCAACGCUUCGGCAUCGCCAUCGUCGGCAGCGUUCCCACAGGGUUCCCCACGCCCUCUCUCCCUCCCCUGGAACUGCUUCCCCGAGUAGCUCAGGACGCUUUCGUGAUAGGCAUCCUCUGCUACGCCUCCACCAUCACACUGGGUAAGCUGUGCGCCAAGAUGCACUCCUACGAGAUCGACGACAACCAGGAGCUCAUCUCUUACGGCCUCUGCAACCUCGUCGGCUCCUUCUUCCAGAAUUUCCCGUCCUGUACGGCGCCGCCCCGCGCCAUGAUGCUGAGCUCCCUGGGUGCCAGGUCUACCCUGAAUGGCCUGAGCUCGGCUGCCUUCAUCCUGCUGGUGGUGCUGGUUGUCGGUCAGCUGUUCGUGUCGCUGCCCAUCGCCAUGCUGUCUGCCAUGAUCAUCGCUGCCAUGAAGGACCUCCUGCUGCUGAUUCGCGAGACGAAGAGCCUGUGGCGCGUGAACAAGGCGGAUUUCGUCAUCUGGGUGUUGACUGCUGCAGUCAGCAUCCUCGUCGACCUGGACAUCGGGCUGCUGACUGGAGUUGCCUUCUCCUUGCUGACCGUGGUGCUGGUCAGUCAGACGGCCGCGGGCACUGUGCUGGGCAGGGCGGACACAGAGGAUGUGGUCUGUGAUGAGAAGAGACGAGGAAUCCACACUGUCCCGGGAGUGAGAGUGUUCAGGUUUGAAUCACAACUCUACUUCGCCAGUGCUGAACGCUUCAAAAACCAGCUUUACGCUCUAGUCUUCGACCCCAACAAAAAUAAAAAGCCAAAAAAAGAUUAAUGGUCAUUCAAUCAUCUUGUCUGACGGCCUUGGCUCCGAGAAGCAGCCCGUGGAAGGUGAACCGAUAGGAAAGCAAACCGUGCAGGUGAAGGACGCCGUGCACCACGUGAUCUUGGACUGCUCGGCCAUGACGUAUGUGGACGUUGCGGGCAUUGAUAUGCUGACGACGGUCAUCAGUCAGUUCACCAAGGCCGGGGUGGUGGUCUUUCUGGCUUCCAUCCCCCCUCGCACGUUGUCCACACUGCACAGAGCUCAGUUCUUCGACAGGUGUGACCCGCUGAGGGUUUUCUAUGAUGUAUUCGACGCCUUGUACAUGGCCCUCACUCCUGCCAGCCUCGUCGUCAAGCUGUGAGGCCCCUGCUGCUGGAGCUGUGGACUUGUGAAACAUGAUGUGCAGCUGUCAGGAAGAGAGGGUGUGGACUUUAGAAACAUUAUGUGCAGCUGUCAGGAAGAGAGGGUGUGGACUUUAGAAACAUUAUGUGCAGCUGUCGAGAAGAGAGGGUGUGGAAGGCGCAGUAGGAAACAGCUCUAUGUUUUCGGUUUCCCUAAAGACUAUGAGGUGAUGUUGAUUUAAGAUAACUGCAGGAUAACUGCAUGGUCGUACAUUAUUUCAAAUGUCCAAGUAAGGCAGCAGGCGUGCCAUGAGCAGUCUACCAACAACAGGCAUCCCAGUCUAACAGUACAGGGAAUGUGAAUGCCGAAACAUUCUAACGGUAUGGGGAUUCGACAUACCUUAGCAAUACAGGAAAUAUGCAGGCUUUAGCAACCCAGGGAAUCGAACCGAUAGUUUGCCCGCCUUCAGGUUGCUUUAACUGCUUCAUACCCUGCGAUUCCCUUAAGAAUACGAAUUCUCCAGACCGGAAGCCUAGUCCUACAAAACUCGAUGUUUACGAAAAACACGAAUGCCCCAAGCCUAUUUAUUUUAUCUUUUUUCUUUUGUUAAGAUCCGAUACGAGACUAACUGCGAGUAACUUUGUCGUUUUUGUGAAAGACAGUGCAAACCUCUAACUGUCAUAUCUUCAAAGUUUAUUUUGUCAUUUUAUAUCAUGUACUGCUUAUAUUCUUUGGCAGUCAGUGGAAGCAAAAAGAAGACGAUGCUCGUCCAGCAUCACACUCAUCUACAAAAUUUGUUUCCAUUGCACGUGCGUUAAAUUAUAAUGAAGGUACAUCAUACCACUCCUGAUACAAAAACAAAACCAACUGUAAUUCUCUUUUAGACAUCCCGCAAUCAAGCGACAUUGCAAGGCAGAGGACUUUUCACAAAAUAAAAUGGAGCUUUCUUGCCGCCAGACAAAAAGAUCUUUAAUUAAAGCCCUGAGUUGAGCUGUGAGAUUAUAAUUUAAGAUGAUUGAUAGUCCGAACACUCCUUCGCUCUUGAAUAAACUUUAUUUGGAGCCGAGAGCAAGAUAUUUACUGAACAGUGAACCUUUAUGGAGACUUCAUAGCGCAAGGUGUUUGUAUUUGAGAGACAGGACACAAUCAGUGCACAGUUAUUAUGUUCAAUAGUAAUAAUAAUAAAUAAUAAUACAGUGCAUUAUUUGAUAUAAAUAGGAGCUAUAAGUAGGACCUUUACCAUGCACCAAACGCUGUUCAGGUCGCUUUACAUACAUACUUACACACAUGCACACGACCACGAACCUUUUGGUAGGGUAGGCAUGAAAUGCACCUUGACACGCAUGCACCCACGCACGCACACCUCACACCGCCACCCACCCACACACACACAAUGUGGAAGAUGCCGGAGUACCCGGGAAAAAAAUACCGUCAGUCAGUCCUGUAAAUACCCAAAAGUAAGUCUGAUCCAAGAUUCGAACUUGCUACGCCCAGUUCUGAUGUGAUUACAGGAUCUUUAGUCACCGGGUCACCAACUGACUUCAUCGUAUUCAAAAUUACUGAGAUUUUUGAAUUGUUCUUUUUCUUUCUCUUUUUGGUAACUUCGUUAUUUCCACGCUCUUUCUUUGUGAUAAAAUCUGUAGCUGCUGAAACCCAUAUAGACUACAGCUUUCGGAAAAUAUUCAUAAAAGAUUUUGCCAUCUCUACAAACACUUCCUUGCAAUUAAAAGAAAAUU